CUACAGCAGUACAGCAAGUACAGCAACAGUGUAGACAGAAGUCCUUCGACUCACACAUCAAAAGCAGAGAUAAGACCCUAUACAUAUCUCGACGACCAUUUCGCCAGCUCGAUCGACCAUCAUCACACGACCCAUAACUUGCAUACGCGGGCCGAAAAAAAUGUUGACGGGAACCAGAACGAUGUUGCCAGAGCUCUGCUCGAUGGCGGGGAGUAGCAUGAGACAGACAAGCGCUCGACGACUAGGGACCAGCGCACAAGCAGGCCUCGAAGCUUCGAGCUCGUCAUCCCCAUCCGCAUCAUCGACAACAUCUUCCUCCCUAUCGUUCGGCCGUACGAGAAACUCUACCCCGAUCUCGUCCCCCGUCACCGCACAAAAGGCUUCCGACUACCUCUCCUCCCUCCUCUCCUUGCCUUCUUCUCGACGGUUCCCAGAGAGCCUGGCCUUGAGGAUCUUGACGCACAAGUCGUACAGGGGAGCACAGGUCCUCGGGCAGGGGUAUCACUCGCGGACGUCCUCCUCGAAUCCUACUACAUCCGAUCAAAUCCAAUCUCAAUCCAACCUGUCGGGCUCGGCUGGACAUAACGCCCGCCUAACCUUUCUCGGCAAACGGGCCAUGCUCUCCUACCUCCUCAUGUUCAUCCACCAACACGCCCUGGACACCUCCCGCCCUAUAGGUCUCGAGCUCGAAGGACUGGGCCAGAUGCUGGAUAUGAAAAAUAAUGGAAACGCCAUCAAGACUUACGAGGACCAGAGUCAACUCGAGUCUGGGGGCAAACAGAUGGAUUUGGAGACCAAGCUCGAGAACCUGGUCAACCUGUCGAAUUUGGGGAGGACGGUCGGGUCUAGGUGGGGGUUGGAACAUGUCAUGAGGUGGCAGAGCAACUUGACGGGCGACCAGGCUGAGUCUAGGGAUUCAGGUGCGCUCAAGAUUUACGGAGAGGGUGUACAGGCUGUUAUGGGCGGGACGAUGAUGCACUUUGGCUCCCCGGCCGCGCAACGGCUGUUCCACCUCCAGGUCCUCCCUACGCUCGCUCCCCAGCUGAGGGACCCGGCUCUGGUCGAAUCCGUGGACAAGAUGAGGGCGAGGAUCGUCAAGGAGAUGGGUGGGGAGAAGUGCGUCGUUGUAUGAUCGCGGACGGUUUGGUGGGGUUCUGGGCGGAGCAUGGGGCAAGGAUAUGAGGAGAGGAGAGAUAUGAUUUGAUAUGAUAUGAUGAAAUGAUGAGUCUGGAAGGGAGACUGAUU